UUCUAUUCUAAAAAUUUUCGAAAGACUAUAUAGUAAGAACAGGCAUGUCAAUGCUUGAAAGCGGAGAAUAAUUAUCAAAUAAAGAUAAAACGAGAGAAAGGACAUGUGACAGAUAACUUUUUCAAUAAGCACUAGUUGCUUUCCAUUUACAUCAAAACUCAGAUAAUUCUCACUUGUGACGUCAUAACUCAGUUAAAUGCACGUUCUUUUUGCAUGCUGGCAAGUGAGAUUCAACUGAGUUUUUAUCCACAAUCGAGACCAUGUGCUUUAAUGAAUCUAAUAAACUCGCAUUAAAAGUGAGGCUAGGGACCUGUAUUAUUAUACGAUAGCUUUGUCAACAAAAUAAGCAGGUAAAUACAAAAUGACAUAUCUUACCUGAGUAUUAAAUACUCACAUAACCGAGUGACUCAGACCACUUGAGUGUAAAUAGAAAACAACUACAUGUUAUUUUUUACUUUAGACUAAGUAUACUUAUUGUUUCUCUCUUUUUGCUUUAACAAAAUCUUUACAAUAAGUAUUCUUUUAAUAAAACUCUGUUUUACUUGUUCAACUUGAAUCAGUUGUACUAAUAUUGGUAUUAUAUAUUUUACAGCACGAAGAAAAGAUCAAGAGCUCGUACAAAGAAUCAAGAUGUAAUUGACUACACUAUUCGGGGUCAACUUCCCACAUGAGUGUUUUAACUAAUCGUUUAUUUUAUCUUCUCAUAACGAUCAAUGAAGAUAAUUCCGGUAAUUGAAACUUGGCAACAGGAAAUAUUGAUAACGUGUGGAAAUUUACAAGAAACUUCGCAGAAACUAAAACAGAAUAUCGCAAAAAUCGGAAUAAAAAGCAGGAUCGGAGCGUGGCACGAUGAACACAACUGCGUUUCGAAGGAGACUGAAAUAAAAGAGAAGAUAAAUACUUUUCAGGUAAUACGCAAAAUAAAUGUGAGCCAAAAUAUUAGCUGCGUUUCAAGCGAAAAUCAAGCCGUUUACUGGACUCGAGAGAAUAGGAGCAGAGAUUCCAAAGGAUUUCUGAGUUUGUUGGGGUAUCGCGCGACCCAGACCACGUCCCUAAUCGCGGAAAAUCUAUGCAUGCCGCGAUGCAGCGUUGACGCGCGAUUGGCCGACGUGCGUUGUGCCGUUUGCCGUUCUCGGGGAAGAACCGCCGGCUAUCAUCAAGGUUAUAUAUCUUUGACGCAUCCGGGAAUUAAAGGCAGUUGAUUAUGCGCGUUUGGUGAGUAAUAAGCUCGCGUUAUCGCCGCGGCAUUGCCGGGACGAGAGUGUCUGACACACGUCCUGACGGCGAGUCCAGUCGAGAUCUACAAGUCUCCGGGUGACGACUCAGUGACAGCUCGCGUGACAGGCAUCACGAGUAUCACCGCACUCUGUCCGGUCCCGCUAAUUCGCGAGAAGGGUUAUCGUGAGGAUAAUCGUCCGCAGAGAUGCCGGACGCUUACGAGAACAUUAAUAUGGCGAUGCGGAGCAUGUUGACGACCGGCGUUACCGCGGAUAAUGAGGACCCGUACUACCAGUUUUACGAUUUAACAUCAAUGGACAGUACAGGUGUACUAAGUCCAAUCAGCAGUUCUACAUCUCAGGGAAAUAUGAGCGUUACGUCACCCAUGUCGUCGUCCUCAUCGCCUAUGCAUAUCACAGAUGAUUAUAUUAAUCUAACGAAUGCAAAAGUGACGAUACUUGGCGAGGCAUCUCUCAGUAUCUUAACCCAGCCAGUGGAUAAAUUUAGAUUUCGAUACAAAUCCGAAAUGGCAGGGACACAUGGGAGCCUACUGGGUACAUAUUACGGACGUAAACGAAAUAAAAAUACCGUACCUACAGUUAAGUUAAAUAAUUUUCUGGAUAAAGCGACAAUACGUUGCACAUUGGUUACAACUGAUGAAGAUCUCAGGAUACCGCAUGCUCAUAGAUUAGUGAGGCGAGUUGACGGUACGGAUAAAGGGGAUCCACAUUAUAUAGAAGUUUCGCCUGAAAAUGAUUUUACAGCAGAAUUUAUUGGUAUGGGUAUCAUACAUACGGCGAGAAGACACAUUAAGGACGAAAUACUACGAAAACUGCGUGAGGAAGUUCUGGAGGAGCGCAAACGUUCAAAUAUAAACGCUACUCUCAGUUUACGCGACGACGCUCAGAUUAGAGCCGACGUAGAACAGUAUCAGAAAGUUAUAAACUUAAACAGUGUUGCUCUUUGUUUCCAAGGAUUUAUCAAAGAUGUACAUAAUAUUAUGAGACCGAUUACAGCACCGGUUUAUAGCAACCCAAUCAAUAAUUUGAAAAGUGCAUUAACUGGAGAACUUAAGAUAUGCAGAAUUGACAAAUUUACUAGCAGCUGUGAAGGUGGUGAAGAGGUGUUCAUACUUGUGGAGAAAGUUUCAAAAAAAAACAUAAAGAUAAAAUUCUUUGAGAUCGACGAAGACGACACUGAAACCUGGAUCGAUUAUGGUCGUUUCUCGGAACUGGAUGUACAUCAUCAAUAUGCCGUGGCAUUUCGAACUCCACCGUACAAGGAUCGAAGUAUCACUUCUCCAAGGGAAGUCUUCAUACAGCUAGAACGUCCUUCAGAUGCAGCUUGUUCAGAACCAAUCAAGUUCACGUAUAAGCCGAGUGACCGCAUAUUAGGUAGGAAGAGAACGCGAGUCUCUCAUUCAAAUAGCGCGGAAUUGGCGCAAGCGACAUUUAACAAUGAUAUGUUUUUAACGAAUCCACUAACAAAUACGUCCUCAAACAACGAAAGCAAUGAAAUGUCUAAAGAACUAAAAAAGAUGUUAGAUGACAGAUGUUCUUCUAGUGAGUUCCGCGAGUUUGUCGAACAUAUAAAUUCAGAUGAUCUCAUGUUGUACGAGAAAUUGUUACAAAGCGAAGAGAAGUUAACUUAUGAUAGUGCGCCGAAUAAAAAGGACGACAAAUUGUUUGCGAAAGACAUUAUUAUCGAGAUGAUGCAGAAUAUCAGAAUGAAGCCAAAUAAAGUGAAAGAUAUUAUUAAAAACUCGCUUAAAGACAGAACAACUUACGGAGAUACGCCAUUGCACUGUGCGCUCCGAUAUGGACAAAAGGAUAAUGUAAAACGAAUCUUAAUGUUUUUGAGCACUCUACAUUCAGAUGCUGAAGAGUUAGUGAAUAUUCAAAACAGUUCUGGAAAGAGUCCGCUGCAUUAUGCUAUCUCGCAAGAUCAACCGGAAGUUACAAGAGCAUUACUCAUGCUUGGUGCAGAUCCAAAUAUAACUGAUCAUUACGGACAAAUGCCGUUACACAGAGCUGUAAAGUUUCCAGAAGCGGAAGGAAACAUUGAUGUUUUAUUACGUGAAAAAGACGUCAACAUCGAAGCAAAUACGGAUUUAGGAUGGACACCUUUGCAAUUAGCUGCCAAAGCGGGCUCUUAUCAUGCAGUGCGUGCUCUCGUGAAAGCUGGCGCAGACGUAAAUAGUGCUGACAUGACCUACGGAAGAACUGCCUUACAUAUAGCAGUCGAAGGAGGCCAUAAACACAUUGUCGAGUACCUGUUAAGACACACCAAAAUAGACGUAAACAUGAGGAACUUUAGUGGAAAUACGGCGCUACACACCGCAAUAGUUAUACCAGGAACGAAUGCCAAAGAGAUAUGUGCCCUUUUAUUGACAUACGGCGCUGAUCCGCACUUACGGAAUUUUGAUCGUGAAUCGUGUACCAUUGAGGAGGAGCCGUUGGAAGAUAUAAAAACCGAAGUACAGUCGGAAGAUGAAAAUAUAGAAGAAUGCACCGGGCAAUCAUCUUUUGACUUGGCCUCAAACAUGCCAGAUAUCUUGAAACUCGUUUCUGGUCAAAAUGACAUAUUAGUAGACGACACAAUUAAAGAGGAAAAUAUAGACGACACGCAGAAAGUGUGGAUGGAUUCAGAGGAGGAAAAGCAAUUAGCAAGCAUUCUGGACGUGACAAAGGGAUGGAGAAAAUUGGCGCAGCAUUUUAACUUCGAGUACUUACUGAAUAUUUGUGAACAGAGCUCAUCAUCUAAUUCGACGUUGCUCCUCUUGAAUUUUAUUGCUAUACAAACCAAUACAUCUCUCAGCGAAUUGCGAGAUGUAUUACAGAAUAUAGGCGAAGAAGUUGCUGCGGCAUACAUGGAUGAAGUUUUAGCUGUGAAACGUGAAACUUGAGUCGCGUACUUUUAACCUGAUCACAUAUUGAAUCAUUUUGUGUGUACAGUUACAUAGUUUAUAUAAUACCAUUGUAAAUUAAGCUGCGAAAUUACAAUUAUAAAAAUUGCAAAAUGCCAUUGUAAAAAUUGCAUUUUAAUAAAAUUUUUGCAUUUAA